UAAUGUGAUUAAUGGAAAUGGAAAUAAACAAGUAACAAGUUGACAUCCAGCAGUACUGUAAGCAGCGAGCGAGAAGAAGAAAAAGAAAACAACCACAUAUAGCAAAAUAAUAAUAAUAAUAUAAAAAAUAAAAAACUACAGCGCACUCACUCAAUCAAUCACAACACAAAGAUUCCUCUUGUUCCCGCUUUCUCUCUCGAUCUGCUACUGCUAGGACUCCGAGCAGUAUGGAUUGCAGCGUCGGUACGUGUUUGUUUCCGUUACAUCGUUCCAAAACCAUUCACCUUGUGAGGCACGCGCAAGGGAUUCACAAUGUGGAAGGAGACAAAAACUACAAAGCGUACUUGAAUCCUGAAUAUUUCGAUGCGCAUCUUACUCCCCUUGGAUGGCAACAAGUUGAUAAUUUGCGUAACCAUGUUCACUCUUCUGGAUUGAUAAACAAGAUUGAUCUCGUUAUUACUUCUCCUUUGAUGAGGACUAUGCAAACAGCUGUUGGAGUAUUUGGUGGUGAGGGCUACACUGAUGAUAAAACGGAUGUGCUGCCGCUUAUGGUGGCAAAUGCAGGAAAUAGCUUUCGUGGUGCAAUUUCAAGUCAUAAUUGCCCACCAAUUGUUGCUGUUGAGCUUUGCCGUGAACAUUUGGGAGUUCAUCCCUGUGACAGAAGAAGAAGUGUUGGCGAGUAUCAGUUUCUUUUUCCUGCUGUUGAUUUUUCACUGAUAGACAGUGAUGAGGAUGUUUGGUGGAAGGAUAAUGUGAGAGAGACAAAGGAGGAACUCGCAGCUAGGGGGCUGAAGUUCUUGAACUGGUUGUGGACACGAAAAGAGAAGGAGAUAGCUAUUGUGACACACAGUGGAUUCUUAUUUCACACUCUAACUGCGUUUGGAAAUGAUUGCCACCCCUUGGUGAAGAAAGAAAUAUCCCAGCACUAUGCCAAUUGUGAGCUUCGCUCCAUGGUCCUUGUGGAUAGAAGUAUGAUAGGAUCGGAGGCAUCAACAACUAACUAUCCAGGCAAGAUACCUUCUGGGUUAGACAAACCUAGUGAUGUUGUGGAUGAAGAACAUUGAGAAACAGGGGGCUUAGUUUUGCCACAUAUUUUACAAGGUGCUCAAGCCUUGCUGCUAAAGUUUCUUGUCUGCUAGAAAUAUUAUUGGUAAAUAGUUAUUGAACCAAAGUUAAAUAUAUCCAUGUGGGCAAUCAAAGGCUAUGAGUAUGGUAACGCAGUCAAAAAUACUUUUUAUUGGUCUUGGGGAAGUUUAAGAAGAGAACGUCUUCCCUUGUGUAACAAACAUUUUUUUUUAAAACUACAAUAUCUUUCUAGACAAUUGAAAUCUAUUGAAUGGAUUGAUCUCUUAUAACAUA